AUGAAUCUAAUUAAUAAGGAUAUAAUAGCAGCUGAAGAUGAUAUCGUUAUCGAUAAUGAUUAUUUAAUUAAUAGAAAUAUUAAUAUUGUUGAUAACAUAAAAAAUGAAGAGAAUGCCACCACUACAACCAUUAAAUUAGAUAAUAUAAAACAUAUUCAACAGAAAUUCGAAUGGGAUUGUGGGUUGGCGUGUUUAGAUAUAAUAUUAGAUUGGUGGCAACAUCAAUCAACUUCAAACUCUUCGGAAGUAGAACUACUGACUACCACUGCUACCGCUGUUGAUAUUGAUACAGAGAAUAAUAAUAACAAUAAUAAUAAUAAUGAUAAUGAUAUGGUACCAGAUUUACAAGAAGACGAUGAGAAUAGCAUAGAUACUAUUGUAUCAAUUAGAAACAUUAUUAAAACCAAGUCGAUUUGGUCGAUAGACUUGUCAGAGGCACUCUAUACCAUUGGUAUUAGACACUGCUACUUUACAACAUCGAUCGGAAUGAAUGAAACACACAAGCAUAAACCUUUUUAUGUAGACAAUUGGGACUCCGAUGAAAAUAGGAUACUCGAUCUUUUUAACCUCUCUAAAGAACGUCAACCACCACAUCUAUUCUUUGGCGGUUUGGCAAUCAACGAACUCAUCAAGCACAUCAAGAAACAGUUACCUGCAAUCGUAUUGGUAGACUCUAACUUUUUACAUUGUAGUAGGUGUAGAACAAUAAAUGGUAUCAAUAGUAGCAGCAGCAGUAACAACAACAACAACAACAAUGACAAUAAUAUCAACAACAAAAACGAUAAUAAUAAAAAGACAAAAUACACAGAUAAUAACCUACAAAAACAAUUCAAAAGACAACAAGAAGAAAAUCAAAACAGAAAUUUCAAUGGACAUUUCAUUGUGAUUGCUGGUUACGAUCAACUAUCAAAUGAAUUAUUAUUCAUAGAUCCUUCAUUAAAUCAAGAUUAUUGUAAAAUAACAUUAAAUGAUUUCGAAUAUGCAAGAUCUCGGCCUGAGAUAAUAGCAUUAUCAAUAAUUUCGAAAUAA